AUGCGCAUCAAGAACCGGUACUUAAACUUUGAGCCGGAUCAUCACUUCGGGAGUGGAGAGAAGAUGACACUGAACGACUUCAUUCAGCGUCAUCAGAAGAUGGACAAGCGGGAGGUGAAGGCAGAGGGCGUGGACAGUGACGGCAACCCUGUGGAAUUCAGCUAUACGCUGCACGAGAAUCCCAUCGAAGGGCAGGAGACGGACGGAGAUGUAACGGCUUGUUUCAAGCUGUCGCUGAAGUUUGUGCGUGCUGUCGACAAGGAGCUGGAGUGGCGGAUGAAAGACCUGGAGGAGCUGGAGGGGUGUAAGCUAUUUCGCUACAUCAUAGCCACGGCCAUCCACCUGCGCUACGACGGCAGCAGCACCGCCAUGCUGCAUCAUAUCGCCCACCAACUUGCCUCUGACUGGCGCACGCUCAUUCCAGCCUGGACCUCCUGCCCUGAGGAUAAUCGUUCUUAUGCUGCUGCUGCUGAAUCAGCAUCGACCGUUUCUCCUGCUGAAGUUGUUGCCUGCCCAGCUGUAUAA